AUGAGCCCCAACGACACUAUUGGUCGUUAUCUUCCGAGCGAUUACAAGAGGGCCCGUUAUCGAUGGGAAGACGGGUUUUUGAGCGACGAAGUGGACUAUCUCCAGAACAGAUCAAUUACAAUGAUCAAAGAGGAGGACAAAGAUCGGAAGUCUGCUGAGGAUAUGAGAGAGAAAUACGAAAGACUCGACGAGAAGGCGCGGCAGAUUCGCGAAAACAUGCAAUUCAUUCGUCCUGGAGACUGGAAAUCCAACCUGCUGGGAGCACAGCCGUAUGGGAUGGUCCCCGUCAUUAUCCUCCGGGUCCUUACAAAUGGUACGCUCCCUGUCAUUGUCGUUGCCAUUGGCAUCCUCACAUCUGGAAAGGAAUUUGUUGGUGUUGUACCUAAGGUGCCAUUCGACGACAAACAGCAGCGAGGACAUUUUGUGUGGCAGGAAGGCCUCCUGUUCAAUGCGGUGCCAAUUGUUGCUUCGACCAUUCAAGCGGCAGCUGUUUUGCAUUACACGAUUUACCCAUGA